AAUUGAAGUGGAGUUCAUUCGAUUAUUGAACUCCAUUUGGUUUUGACCCCACUCUGAACUUAACCAUCGCCUCAGCACGGAGGUGGAUUCGAGCGUGUAACACAGAACAUAUGAAUAUUUCACGUGACUCGUUCCCACCUGCACUUCACCAUUGUUAUACCGAAUCUAUACAACACCAGCAGCACUCCUCAACUCAACCCACCCAGUGCAGUUGGGAACAUUACCAGACUAACAUCAUGGGCGGUACACGUCUGCUUCGAUGGAAGCUCCUAGGAGUGGCAGGACUAACGUUCUGUAUGGCUUGGUGCCUCCUACAGGUGGCUUCUGACCACCAGGAACAGAUGUGGAAACGCAUUUUGGCAGGUUUGUUUGGUGUUCCGAGUAUCUUGGUGACCGUUCUAUCACUGUGGAUGUCUACAUUGCGCAUAUCCUACGGACAUGGGCUUGUGUCAUCCUACCUCCAUGUUACCAUUAUAUCAAUCCUUUUCUUAACUCGUUUCCUUGUGGUAUGGAAGUGCAAGAAGGCCUGGAAGAACCCCAUGAAAUCACAAGAAGAAUAUCUAAAAGAAAUCAUCAAGGCAAAUGCGCAAUCCGAGUACUCAAAAGACUUUGGACUCUGUUCAGUAACAUCUUUGGCUGACUUGAGGAAGAAACAUACAUUAACCGACUACGAACGGUACAGGCCCUACGUAGAUCGUCUGGAGAAAGGUGAAACAGGUUUGUUGGCCGGUGACCCUGUUAUACGGUUCGCGCUCACCUCCGGAACCACAGGAAAAGCUAAGAUGGUGCCGUACACUGAACCCUAUCAAAAGAAUCUUUUGAGAUGGGUUUUUGGAAUACUCGUCGAUGUCAAGGCGAACUGCUUUGGUCAUGACGGUCUCCAGCAAGAGCUUUUCAUGUAUACAGCACCAAAGGUAAGGCAUUCAGAAGGCGGCGUCUUGAUGGCCCCUGCAUCAGUAAUGACUAAGACCUUCAAACGACUCUUGUUUUUCUGCUCAACACCUGCAGUUGGUUACGAAAUCAGUGAUCCUAUUGAUUCCGUUUAUGUCCAUCUUCUUUUCGGGCUCCGUGAUCCCAACCUUCGUAGCAUCAACUCCAAUUUCACUUCAAACCUGAUGUCAGCAAUGCGAAUGAUCGAGCAAAAGUGGCCCGAGUUUGUUCGAGACAUUGAACUUGGAACCGUGACGACAACCAAUGUUCCACCUGACAUUCAUAGAGCACUUGUAAAAGAGAUCGGUGGAGGGGAUCAUGCUAGAGCUACAGAACUGAAGAAGGAGUUCCUGAAGGGUUUCGUAGGCAUCAUGAAGAGGGUCUGGCCCCACAUGAGAUGUGUUCAAGCAAUAGAUUCAAUAGGCAUCAAGGAUGCUCUCUUAAAAUCAUAUGCAAAAGGUUUGACUCUUUAUGGUGGGAUGUUUGGUGCGUCCGAGGGUAUCUUUGGAUUUAACCUCUGGCCAAACUCGCAGGGCAAAGAUGAAUUUGUUCUAAUGCCAAGCACAGCAAUCUACGAAUUUAUUCCACAGGAUAACAUAACUGAAGAUCAACCGGAGACUUUCUUCAUGGAUGAGCUCCAAGUUGGUGGCAUUUACGAGGUCGUCAUUACUCAGGUGUUCGGUUUCUACAGAUUCAGAUAUGGUGACGUCAUCCGAGUCCGGCGUUUUCACUUCAAUGCUCCCGUUGUGGAAUUCAUGUACAGGUCAGGUCAAAUCCUCAAUGUGCAUGCAGAGAAACUUGACCAACAUACUGUGAAGACUGCCAUGGAUGCUGCCGUGGGCCACUGGCCCGGUGUUUCCCUUGAGGAAUAUGCUGUAGCUGAGAGUACUCUCCUUGAUCAACUAGUGAAGACUGAUGCUGAUCAUAGACCGUACUAUGUGGUAUUUCUUGAGCUGCUUACUCCCCCGGAGAGAAAUUCUAUGGAUAGCAUCACACUGGAAAAGGUUGACGAGGAGCUCUGCCAUCAUUCCUUCACGUACAACUCGUUCCGCGAAAAGGGAGCCAUAGCCCCUCCCUUGGUGCACAUCGUGAAACCCGGCACAUUUGUUCGUCUGCACACUUUUAUCCUGAAUAACAGCACGACAUCUGCCAACCAGUACAAAGUCCCGCGGAAACUGCGCACGAAAGAAACCCUCCAACUCAUGCUGGAUAACUCCAUUUAUCAUCGUGAAGAGAAUGCAAAUUCCAAGUGAAAACAGUCAAGAAAGGGUUGUAUCAAUCGAAUAAAUAGUUUAAUAUUCUGGUUUGUCUUCCAUUACCAUUCGUGCCACAUCUGUUCUGUGCCAUAUCUGUAUAUCUACCGUAUUUGUUCUUAAUGCAGGGUUUUGAAUUAUCAACCAAUAAAGUAUCAAAAUUAUUUUAAAGUCUCAGAAUUGUCAUUGUAAGUUUUAAACCAAUGGAAAAGACUACUUCUUAGAACUCGCGGCCAGGUGUUCAUAUGCCCAAGAUACACAUACGUCAAAAGUGGACCGAGGCCGGCCCCAUAGGCGCGUCGACAUGUGUAAUAUCAGCUCACCACUUUUGAUUGCCGGACUGGACGGAGUCCACCUGAAAGGCGGCAAUUACGACUUAACUUAGAAGUAGCGAACUAUUAUUGCUAUUAAACGAACAAUAGAAAAUGUUGACGUGAAAAAGAUGGGCACAUGUGUCACUUCAAUAGGCGACGUGGAUGAAGAAUCUAAAAGCGAUUUUAGUCUUCUUCUGGCGUAUGUGUAACGCCACCCAUUGCAUGCUUGAGGCCAGAUCGAAAGCCGGCGUUGGAGGAGGCUUCAAACCCGACGCAUGUGUAUCUCGGGCCAUAGUUUUACAGAACACUUUCAGUAAACAUUGCAUUCUAGAUGAUAACGUCUCCAGUUGAGGUUGAUUGGAUCUGGUGGACAGGUUUUUCAGUGUCUUGACUGUGUGAAUUAAAAAGAGAAUAAGCACCGCUGGAAAGGUGACGGACAAACUAUCUUCUGCCGUGGCUGAGUCAAAUUGUGUCUUAUAAAGAGUUGCGACUGAUUCGAUCUACCUCAGUUGUAUGGAAAUCCAUCAAUGUCAUAAUUUGCAGGAAAUUUGCAAAUGUCUAUUUACAAAUGUCCUUUGUAAAUAAAGAGAAGCACACUGAAUAUUCAAGAAACCAAUGUAUAGAUAUUCAUCGUAUCUGGAAAAUAUUUUUAACAAACAUGUAUUUUAGAUAUUGACGUUGCUGGUUUUCCAUAGUUGUGGUUUAUCGGAUCUAUCGCAUUUCUUUGUAAGACGGGGUGCAGGAAACGCUGUGACUUUAUAUCGAUUCUAUCAGGACGUUAGCGUUGAAAACGUUUCUGUGCGAUCGGUACAGGCUAUGCUGAUCUGAGUGACGGUAAAAUACUUCAAUUUAUUUGAUAGUUCAGAAGACCAGAAGUGUCCUUUACACUAAAUAACAAGUUGUCGAUAUUAUCAGGAAGAGUGAUCAAUUUCGGUCCCAACAUUAUGAUUGACUAUGAAAGCGAUCUUACCAAUCGCUUUUACAUAUAAGUUUUAAUGUAUAAAGAUAUGAAGUAUCCGGGUAUUGUUCAUAGCAAAAAAAAUUGCAUUUUAAUAAGACAGCUGGUAUUUUCUUUCGUAACAACAAACAAAAUCCUUAGAAUCAUCAUGAAUUCCUCUGUGUCAUUUUAUAAUCUUGAUCUAAUAUCUUCUUGUCUAAUGCGAGAGUUUUCGACGAUUUUAUUCCCUAUAUCACUGAAACCGUCAAUAAGUGUCUGACGUGUGGAUUUCUAUCGGAAUGUUUGAGUUGAAAACCUCGGGGGGUGGGUGGGUAUCUCACAUUGUCGGUUAGAUGGCGGUUUAACGGCGGUUUUCCCCCGGAAAUUGGAUCUAAUUAGAGCCCUUAAUUUGGACAAUGUGCUUUCAGUGGGUCACAACGUUUUGUAUUUUUCUUUAAAUUGUGAUUGCCAAAAAAAGCAAUAUGCACUCUGUUGUAAACAAUUAUUGAACAUGAAUUCGCCAAUUGGU